UUUAUAGCUAUUUUAACGAAUAGUUUGCAGGAUAGAAUUCGAGCAGGAGGACAAGCCCGCUAUUUCGAAAAGUAAAGUUUUAAAAUUUUCUCUUUACAUUCCGCAUGCUUUCGGUUGCGCCUCACUGCCUUUUUAACUCGCAUUUAUUAAUUUCCACAGUGGUUGCGGGUUCAUUUAUAAGCCAAAUAGUGAGGGCUACAAAAUGCACUGCGCCACUAUGUUUCCCAAGUUAUUUUUUCUCGCAUACUUUGAUAUUUACAUGAUUCAAGAGAAGGAGGUGAACUGUUAAAAACCCAUCAAAUCUCAACGAAUUUGGGUAAGUUAACAGACUCUGUUUUAUGAUGUUCGUGGUGUUUGCCUGGAGCUUUCGUGCUAUGUUUAUUAAUUGUGUCUGCAAACCAAUACGUUUCUUCAGCACUUCCUUAUUGCAAAUAAAUUUUGGAAUCUCAGAAGGGUGACAUGGGCAGAUUGAUAGACGUACAGAGUUGUAGAGAAUGUGGAAUGGAGUAUGGAAUAAGGAUAAGAAGCAGUUAUGAUUAUGAAAGUGUCAUAUAGCGGAUUCUGUCAAAGAUGCGAUUUAAACCGGCAUUUGCAAUCACAAAAAUUGUCGGCAUCUGUAUCUUCACAACGUUGCCAGGUCGAGGCUGUUCUGGUUCGACUACAAUUUUCAUAGAUAAGAAGGAUUGAAUGCAGCUUAUUCGGAACACUUCUUUUGGUUUCGUCGACAAAACGGCUCGCUCAUCAGAUUGUAUAGGAGGGAUUCUCAGAAAAAGAAUAUCAUUUUCCGAGAAAUGUAUUCCGCCGAAAAAAACUUAACAGUCAAAUCAAACCUUGACAAUGAGCAAACAAACGGAGCAUAAUAUUAUGGAAUACACGUUGAAGAAUAAACAGCUUUUGAAUCGCGGUACUGACAAUUAAUUACAACAGCAAUGAAAAAAAAAAAACUUCAAGACUUUCGGAAUUCGUCGAAACCGGAAAAUGAAAGCGGUGUACUUCUUUUGUAAUUGGCAUAACGUUCAAAAGCUUUAGGGAAACUAUUUUGAGGAAACUUCUUGCAGCGUGAAAGUAGCUUGAAGAUUAUGAAAAACUUGGCUUCCAAUACAUGUGUGUAAAAAUUAUUCAAGGCCUUGUACUUAAGAAUGGCUGUCUAUGGUGGAGGGCAAAGAGUGUUUGUGCCGAAAGAGCAUAUUGCGAGCUUUAGGCCGUUUUGGUGAAAUUAUCCGAAAACUUUUCAACAUCUUGAUGUUUGGAAAGAAUUUUUUUUUGUAAUGGCAACUGAGCUUGAAAGAUCCUUACGUUCCCAAUAUUUCCAUUUUAAAAUCCACUUUCGCUUUCGCUUCAAGCUUUAAAAUGUACUCCCUUUGUUCUUCUUCAUUACCUCCAAUACCUGAAGGUAAGGCUGAUAAUUUUUUUUUUAUUAUUGUAUCCGUUGUCGAUUUCUUACGAGAAUGUAUUAUUUGCGUGGCUUCACACUUAUCGCUAUUUUCUUACCCAGUUCUUUUAAAAGUAAUAUUCCGAAUCUCACCAAAAUUUUAAAACCAAGAAAUAUUGGGACAGAGAAUCAGAUAAAAACCAGAACAUGUCGAUUUCAUUGAACUUUUUUUUGGCUUGGGGCAGAAAGCAUUGAGGUUUCCUAAUGUAGUUUCUUAGAGCCAUUUGUUCACGUAUUACUCAGUUCUACUUAGGAUCUAAUUUCGUUUAUUAUACAAAUAGAAUUAUCCAACCUAUUUCACUAUAACCUGGAUAAUUCUUGAAAUUUACUGGAUAUGUGAUUAACUUUUAGACCAAGAACAGUGUACUACUUUGUCCAAAGGACCAGAAAUGUCAAUGUCAAAAUAAUUUACUGCUGCAGUGGAUGGAAGAAAAGUCCUUCAAGCUCACGAGAAUGCACGAAAGCGAUCUGCUCCCAAGGUUGUGAUUACAAUCACGAGUCCUGUGUCGCACCCAAUACGUGCCAAUGUUCUCCGAGAUGGACUGGGUCUAACUGUAGCGAAGACAAAGAUGAAUGUGCUACAUAUAAUGUUGGAUGUGACCAACAUUGUGUGAAUGUUCCCGGCUCAUAUCAGUGUAGCUGCAAUAUUGGAUACACCAAGCAUGGCCACAACUGUAUAGGUAUCAUCUCCAUCAUGACGUUCAGAAGUGCUCAUUUGUGCUAUGUUCUCCGUUAGCCAACUGUAUGUCCUGCUGGCUCUCACAGCUCUGUGAACCCGACAUGCGCUCUUUGUCCGCUUGGUUUUUACCAGCCCUAUUCUGGUCAGAUGGAUUGCCUUCCCUGUGGACAAGGUUUCAUCACAGCCUCACCAGGAGAUGUCGGUGAAUCGCAGUGCGAAGACAUUCAAAAAUCCGUUACUAAAGACAAGAUAACCAUUUCUACACCAUUGGCAACAUCGCGAUGUGAUGAAGCGAAGAAAAGCACCAAUAAACAACUUACAACUAAGACUCCAGAAGAGGCCAAAGAACAGGAAAAUGCUGAAGAGUUUUUUUGGAAACUUCCCGUCACCAUUGGUACACCACUCGCUGCAGUGCUAGUGUUAGGUGCCAUACUUUUGGUAUUCUUCAUCCGUAAGAGGCGGAGAGUAAGAAGGAAUUAUUUACCGGCAAGAACGGCACAGUUUGAGAAUCCAGCCUACCUGGGUAACCCAAACGUAAAGCGAAAGGGAAAACGCACAGAGGAUAACGAAUAUUCAUUCGCAGAGGGGCCAGAAGAUGGUCCUGGAGAUGGUCCUGAAGACUACGACGACAAAGGGGACUUCAAAACCAAGGAUGCCGAUGAGCCGAUAUAAGAAACUUUGCAUAGCUCCUCAAAGGAGAAAACCACUUUUACUUUAACAAACUCAGGCUUUUAGUAAGGCAGCGAUGGUUUAAUGUUUGGCGUUCUUUUCCCUUUUGACCUUGAUUUCAUGUGUUUCGGUUCGUUUUCGUCAGGGCAACUUUAACCUUUUUGCUUUGUCAACGAAAUGGAAUAAGGUAAUGAUUACAGGCGUAAGAAAAUCUCCCCCCUCUUUCUCUCAAAAACGACGAAUUUCGUAGUAAGACCCCGCCCCCGCCCC